AUGUACUAUAUAUCUAAGAGUGAAGCUCAGGAAAAAAACAAAAAGAGAAUGGAGAGGGAGAGAGAAAUAGGAGAAGGAAGCUCAGUGUCGCCGAGAAGACAAAGAAAUCUCAGAGAGAAAGAGCGGCGAAUGCACAUGAAACAUCUCUUCUCUAUACUCUCUUCUCAUGUCUCUCCCACUCAUAGGUUACCGGUGCCUCAGCUUAUAGAUGAAGCGACAUCAUAUAUGAUCCGAGUGAAAGAGAAUAUAAAGAAUUUGAAGGAGAGGAAGAAAAAGGCAUUGUUAGGAGGAGAAGUCGGGAAUCACUCUCAAGGGUCGUAUCUUGUACCGAAACUCGUCAUUAAUUCGCGGGAUUCGAUCAUACAAAUGAAUCUGAUCAUGGAUAUGAAGAUGAAAAGAGUAAUGCUACACGAGCUUGUAAGUGUUUUUGAAGAAGAAGGAGCCCAAGCUAUCAUAUGUCGGAUCGGAAUUGAUCCAUCAAGGAUAGAAGAGAGAGUAAGGGAUAUCAUCUUUUGA